UUAUUGGUAGGAUUUGAUUUGAUUUGAUUGGGCGGAGUUGAGGUGUAAAGCGAGUGUGAAGCAAAGAAGAGGAAGUAGAGUGGGGUUUGUUUGUUUGUACAGCUGAGCUGAGGAAGAGUCUAUAAAGUAAAACCCUCUCCGUCACUGCUAACUAGGGUUUAGAGAUGGAUGAAGUUGGUGUUAUACUUGAAGGAACUCUGAGUCCGAAUCCGAAUGAAAGAAAGGCUGCUGAACAAAGGUUGGAUGAGAUCCAAUAUGCACCCAAUCAUCUUCCAACUAUUUUACAAAUCAUCGUUCAAUUGGACUCUGAUAUUUCUCUCAGACAAGUUGCCGCCAUUCAUUUCAAAAACUUCAUUGCUAAGAAUUGGUCUUCCACUGCUCACUCCAUCUCUUUCGCCGAUAAAGACUUUGUUAGGAAUCACAUUCUCCUCUUUUUACCUCAACUUCCUUCUCUUUUGAGGGUUCAACUUGGUGAGUGCCUCAAAACUAUUCUUCAUUCCGAUUAUCCUGAUCACUGUCCCAAUCUUCUUGAUUGGAUCAAACAUAAUUUACACGAUCAACAACAUCUCUACUCUGCCUUAUUCGUUCUUCGCAUUCUUUCUAUUAAAUAUGAAUUCAAAUCAGACGAAGAUAGGACUCCUGCCUAUCACAUUAUUCAAGAGACAUUUCCCCACCUUCUCAAUAUAUUUAACACCCUUCUCCAGAUUCCUAAUCCAUCCAUUCAAGUAGCUGAUCUCAUCAAGCUUAUCUGUAAAAUAUUCUGGUCCUCUAUAUACUUGGAGAUUCCAAAGCUUUUGUUUGAUCUAAAUGUAUUCAGUGCUUGGAUGGUGCUCUUUUUAAAUGUUUUGGAGAGGCCUGUUCCCUUGGAAGGUCAGCCUGUUGAUCCUGAUCUUCGCAAAUCAUGGGGUUGGUGGAAACUCAAAAAAUGGACAAUUCACAUUCUAAACAGACUCUACACUCGUUUUGGUGACUUGAAGCUGCGAAACCCUGAAACCAAGGCAUUUGCUCAAAUGUUUCACAAGCAUUAUGCAGGGAAGAUUUUGGACUGCCACUUAAAUCUGUUGAAUGUCAUUCGAGCAGGUGGUUACUUACCUGACAGAGUUAUCAACCUACUUCUUCAAUAUCUAACUAACAGUAUUUCAAAGAAUAGCAUGUAUACUGUGCUGCAGCCUCGGCUUGAUGUUCUUCUUUUUGAAAUAGUUUUCCCUCUCAUGUGCUUCAAUGAUAAUGAUCAAAAGCUUUGGGACGAAGAUCCACAUGAGUAUGUUAGGAAAGGCUAUGACAUUAUUGAAGACUUGUAUAGUCCUAGGACUGCCUCCGUGGAUUUUGUGAGUGAGUUGGUUCGAAAACGCAGGGAAGAUAAUUUUCACAAGUUUAUUCAAUUCAUUGUUGAAAUUUUGAAAAGGUAUGAUGAAGCACCAGUAGAAUACAGGUCUUAUAGGCAGAAAGAUGGAGCUCUUCUUGCUAUUGGGACACUUUGUGACAAAUUGAAACAAACUGAGCCCUAUAAAUCUGAACUUGAGCGUAUGUUAGUACAACACGUCUUUUCUGAGUUUGGCAGUCCUGUUGGCCAUCUUAGGGCCAAGGCAGCGUGGGUUGCAGGACAAUAUGCCCACAUUAGCUUCUCAGAUCAGAACAAUUUCCGGAAGGCAUUGCAAUGUGUUGUAUGUGGAAUGCGAGAUCCUGAACUACCUGUCCGCAUUGAUUCUGUUUUUGCUUUGCGUUCUUUUAUUGAAGCUUGCAAAGAUUUAGAAGAAAUUCGUUCUCUUCUCCCUUCGCUCCUUGAUGAGUUCUUCAAACUUAUGAAUGAGGUUGAGAAUGAAGACCUUGUGUUUACUUUGGAGACUAUUGUGGACAAGUUUGGUGAAGAAAUGGCACCUUAUGCACUUGGGCUAUGCCAAAAUUUGGCUGCUGCAUUUUGGAGGUGUAUGAACACUGCUGAUGCUGAUGAUGAAGCUGAUGAUUCAAGUUCAAUGGCUGCAGUUGGUUGCUUGCGUGCUAUUAGCACAAUACUUGAAUCAGUGAGCAGUCUUCCUCAACUUUUUGUUCAAAUCGAGCCUACCUUGCUUCCCAUAAUGCGUAGCAUGUUAACAACCGAUGGUCAAGAGGUUUUUGAAGAAAUUUUGGAGAUUGUAUCAUAUAUGACUUUUUUCUCUCCAACAAUAUCACUGGACAUGUGGAACCUUUGGCCAUUGAUGAUGGAAGCACUAUCAGAUUGGGCUAUUGAUUUCUUUUCAAAUAUUAUGGUUCCUUUGGACAAUUAUAUUUCAAGGGGAACUUCCCAUUUCAUUACAUGCAAAGAACCUGACUAUCAACAGAGUUUGUGGAAUAUGAUUUCCUCUAUUAUGGCAGAUAAAAAUAUGGAGGACAGUGAUAUUGAGCCAGCUCCAAAGCUGAUUGAAAUUGUCUUCCUAAACUGCAGAGGACUGGUGGACCACUGGGUUGAGCCGUAUCUCAGAAUUACAAUUGAACGUUUGCAUAGAACUGGAAAAUCAUAUUUGAAAUGUCUUCUCAUUCAAGUGAUUUCAGAUGGUCUGUACUACAACGCCGCAUUGACUCUUAGCAUAUUGCAAAAGUUAGGUGUUGCAUCAGAAAUCUUCAAUCUUUGGUUCCAAAUGCUGCAAGAAGUCAAGAAGAGUGGUGUUCGUGCUAAUUUUAAAAGGGAACAUGGCAAGAAAGUUUGCUGCCUUGGUUUAACAUCCUUGCUGGCACUUCCAGCUGAUCAAUUGCCAGGAGAGGCUUUAGGCCGGGUAUUCCGUGCCACUCUUGAUCUCCUGGUUGCAUACAAGGAUCAAGUUGCAGAAGCUGCAGAAGAGGAGGAGGAAGAAGAAAAUGACGACGAUGAUAUGGACGGCUUUCAAACUGAUGAUGAAGAUGAGGAUGACAGUGGUUCUGACAGGGAAAUGGGAGCUGAUGCUGAAGAUGGGGAUGAAGCUGACAGUAGUAAACUUAGAAAAUUGACUGAUCAGGAAAAGUCAUUCAGGCCCGAUGAUGAGGACUCAGAUGACGACUUCAGUGAUGACGAAGAGUUACAGUCCCCAAUUGAUGAAGUGGAUCCUUUUAUUUUUUUUGUGGAUACAAUGAAAGUGAUGCAAUCAUCAGAUCCAAUGAGGUUUCAGAACCUGACCCAGACACUUGAGUUCUCUUAUCAAGCUCUUGCAAAUGGUGUUGCCCAGCAUGCUGAGACGAGAAGAGGUGAGAUUGAGAAGGAAAAGUCGGAGAAGUCAGCAGCUACCACAGAUUCUUAAGCUUUUGGAUGUACAUUGUUGGUUCUUGUUUUGCUGUUAAGUUCUCGAGCUUUUGUCCUUGCACCCAUUCUCUGUAAGAGAUGAAGAGGGUUGCAUAUUUAUUUCAGGCAUUUAUUUGGCUCAGUGAUCAAAGUUGGUCUAUGGGUCUAAGAGUUUGCAGUUUUGAAAUGCCUGCGAGUUUAGUAUGCCGAGGUUCCCAUUGAUUUCAGAGGAUGUUGGAUUCAGGAAACUGUGGAGUUUAGCGCUUCUGCCCUUUUUAGAUGAACGUAUCAAUUCUUGCCGUAGUUGUUCUACUCCUUUUCACUUUUUUCGUGGAUCCUUCCUUUCAGGUCUCCAUGCCAAGUUUCACGGUUUCCAGCAUAUGGAAUCCCUGUCCGAUUAGUGCAGCAAUGGCUUCAUGUGCGUGUUCUGUGAUGUCUUCUACCUGUCACAUAGAUGGGUAAAUUGGGGCUGCCAAUGGUUGGUAUAGGCAAUUUUUGUUGAGAGAUAGUAUUGAAAAAUUAUUUGUAUUUUAACCAUUUUUUGGUUUUAAUAAGAUUUCGUUGAGUAUAAAUCCAAUGCCCAUCAGCUGUGAA